UUGUGGGAAAACAGAACUUUCUUCUCACCGUUCCCAACUAAAUUUGCAGGUAAUUGAAAAGAAUUAACAAAAGUAAGAGUAUUUAUGCCAUUGUGUACUGACAAACCCAUACGCAGAUGAUAAGCUGUUACGAAUAAAAAGCCAUUACGUGAUCGGACUAAGGUAAGGAUGGUGAUUUACGUCGUGCAGGCUGGUUCUGCUGGUAAAGAUGUUUGACCUUGAUGGCCCGAGGGAAGGAGAUACGGGAUCAGAAAAUAAUGAAAAGCGAAGAAGAAUUUUUAGAGGAACUGAUGUUUUACCGGUACAGAUGAAGGAGCUAUGGUGAUGGUGUGACGAAAUUGAAAAAGGAUGACAGAGAAAAUAAUUUCAUGUGGAAUAUUCUUGUGCUUCAGAGGAUUAUAUGCUCAUUAAGAAAUUCAAGGUUCUUUACUUAUUUUACUAUUCAAAAAGAAAAUGGAAUUUAUAGCCAAUCUGGAACGAUCACAGACUGCCAAAGGUCUCACACCUGAAAAUUUAGAAACACUUGAAAAGAUUUUCCAAAAUGCUGUUGGCGAUAAAAAAGAAAUUGAUAUCCAGAGCUUCAAGAAAGUUACACAGUCGAAAAAUAUGUUUUUCGUGGAGCGAAUCUUCAAUGUGUUCGAUGCUGAUAAAUCGGGCACAGUGUCCCUCGAAGAAUUCAUGCGGGUCAUGCGUUGCUUCGCUAAACAGAGUCCUGCUGAGAAACUCCGCUACCUCUUCGACGUCUACGACAUCAACAAUGAUGGAUAUAUUGAAUUCAACGAGCUGAGGAGCGUCAUCAGCGAAUGCAUGAAGGAGAACGGUCUACAGUUUGGUGAAGAAGAAACGGAUGAACUAACGCGCAUGCUCUUCGAAGAUGCGGACACAGACGGCAGUGGAACCAUUACAUUCACAGAAUUCAAGAAUCAAUUAGAGAGACAACCAGCGUUCAUGGAAAAUCUCACUCUGAGCAUAGAGAGAUGGCUGCUUCCACCCAUGAAAACAAAAAGUAGAAGUAAAUCCUCCACAAGUCUGUUUAGUUGCAGAAAAAUCAGAUGGCGCCACAUCCGGAACAACUGGACGAGUGUCGUCUAUUUGCUGUUAUAUUUCUUAAUAAAUAUUCUCCUUUUUACCACAAGAGCUUAUGAGUACAGAGAAGACAAUACUUUCGUGAUAUUAGCUAGAGCUUGCGGGCAAUGUCUGAAUUUCAACUGUGCUUUCAUUGUCAUGCUGGUGCUACGACAAAGUUUAACUUGGUUACGAACGCACGGCUUUGCACAAUACUUCCCAAUCGACCAGCACCUCUAUUAUCACAAACUCACAGGAAUCGUCAUUCUCAUUUUUAGCGUGUGGCAUACGGCGAUGCACGUUUCAAAUUUUAAUAUUUUGACUGAACAAUCGAAUAAAACUCUCCCUGAAUUUCUGACAUCCACCCACCUGGGGAUUGGAUGGGUGGGAGGCGCUGCCUGCCUUACAGGAUGGAUCUUAUUACUCAUCCUCAUAGUCAUGUGUAUUUCAGCCAUGCCUUUCGUUCGAAGAAGCGGAAAAUUCGAGAUAUUCUAUUACCUCCACCUGCUCUAUUUUGUGUUUUGGACUUGCCUCAUAUUGCAUGGCCCACAUUUUUGGAAAUGGUUUCUGGGCCCCGCCGUACUCUUCCUUAUUGAAUUGAUCGUCCGAAUAAGUCGGAACCUCUCCAGUAGCAAAGUGGCUUAUGUACAACAGGGAGUGUUGUUACCUUCCAAGGUGACCCAUUUGGUAAUAAAGAGGCCACCAAAAUUCGAUUACAGACCUGGAGACUACGUUUACAUCAAUAUACCUACCAUUGCUAAUUUUGAGUGGCAUCCUUUUACCAUCAGCAGUGCUCCAGAAUUAGAUGAUGUCAUCUGGUUGCAUAUCCGCGGUGUCGGCGAAUGGACAAACAGUUUGUACAGCUACUUUCAGCGUGAGGAUCGUGAAGCUGUUCUUAGUGACGAAUUGGUCAAGAACUUGAGUGAUCCUGCGAACUCCCUGAAAAAUGAAUCACUUGUAUCACGCGGCUUCAUCUACCAUUCCAGCUGCACAGAAACUCCUCCAGGUCUUGAUAUACCUAAAAAUUGCUCUCUGUUAUCAGCGCGAAUCAUGGACAAAGAUGACAUCAGUGUAUCAGAAAAACAUAGCUCGAAAGGUUCUGAAAUAAGACUCGAGUUGAAUGACUCUUCAUUUCUCAACCCUACGUUUUAUCCAGACAAUCUCAACCAAUCUGUAAUUGAAAUGGGAAAAGACGAUAAUACCUUUAAAUAUUCUAACAAUGGGAGUAACGAAAGUAUUACUGGUAAGGAUACUACAUCUCCUCCUCACUGGCAAAGGACGUCUUUCACGUCUUUCUCAACGAGUCGUGCCAUUCAGCAGAAAAACAAAGAAGACAUCAGAAGUAUGCUGGCGGAACACAGCAGACAUCCGACUGGGGAAGAACUCUUCUCCAGCGAUUCAAGGUUGUCCGUUAAGAGCAGACGACCCCCAAAAGGGCGAAGGAAAUCGGUGAGAGUUUCCAUGGCCAAGCAAGGACUGAGAAGGUGUCAAACUGUGAUUGUAAUGCCGACUGUCAGCGAAGAUGAUGAGGAAGAGGUAAAGACAGAGUUGGAGAAAGAUGCCCAAGCGAUGGAGGCAGAAGUGGAAGAUUUGAAAAGAGAAGUGGAAGUUGAAAAUGUUGUUGUGAGUCAGAAACCUCUAAGGGUCUUCCUGGAUGGCCCAUACGGCUCCCCAACUCGCCAUAUCUUUCAGGUUCGGCACGCAGUUUUAAUCGCCACAGGAAUUGGAGUGACUCCUUUCGCUAGCAUCUUGCAAAGUGUCAUGUACCACUAUCGUAAAUCGAAGCACACAUGUCCAAACUGUAGCCACAAGUGGUCAGAUCCCAUGCCAGUAUCCAACGUUCAUCUCAAAAAGGUGGAUUUCUUUUGGCUGAAUCGGAACCAACGCUGCUUCGAGUGGUUUGUCAAUCUUCUCAGUGAACUGGAAGUGGAACAAGCUCAGUUGAAGGAGAAAGAUCGCUUCUUGGACAUCCACAUGUACAUCACCUCCGCCUUACAUCGUAACGACAUGAAAGCAGUCGGCUUGCAAAUGGCUCUCGAUUUGUUGUACAAGAAAGAAAAGAGAGACCUCAUCACUGGACUUAAAAGUCGAACCCAGCCCGGCAGGCCCGACUGGAACAAGGUUUUUACAUCAAUUGCAGAGCAACGGAAAGGCAAAGUAACGGUUUUCUUCUGCGGGCCGAAUCAGUUGGCGAAGACCUUGCAAGCGAAAUGCGAUGAAUUUGGUUUCCGUUUUAGGAAAGAAAUAUUUUAAAUAAUUGGUUUUUUUGUUUGUUUGUUAAUUUUGUACUGUUUUUUAUAUAUUAAAAA